CCGCAGCGGUGGAGGAGGAGGCCGCGCCGCAACUCGCUCACGGAGGAGGACGGCAGCCAGGAGUUCUCCACCCGCAGCCGCUUCCUCUACUACCUCUUCAGCCUGGGCACGGAGCUGGGCAACGAGCUCUUCUACAUCCUCUUCUUCCCCUUCUGCAUCUGGAACUUGGACGCCUGGCUGGGCCGGAGGCUUAUCAUCAUCUGGGUGUGGGUGAUGUACCUGGGGCAGUGCACCAAGGAUGUCAUCCGCUGGCCGCGGCCUGCCUCCCCGCCCGUGGUGAAGCUGGAAGUCUUCUACAACUCCGAGUACAGCAUGCCCUCCACCCACGCCAUGUCGGGCACCGCCAUCCCACUGGCGCUCCUGCUGCUCAGCUACGGGCGGUGGGAGUAUCCCCUUAUCUUUGGACUGAUCCUUGCAUUCUGCUGGUGUUCUUUGGUUUGCUGUAGUCGAAUUUAUAUGGGAAUGCAUUCAAUUUUGGAUGUUAUUGCUGGAUUUCUGUAUGCUAUUCUCAUCUUGGUCGUCUUCCAUCCAGUUGUGGACCUGAUUGAUAACUUCAACCUAACUUACAAAUAUGCACCCUUAAUUAUCAUCAGUCUCCAUUUAGCCCUGGGCAUCUUCUCUUUUACUCUAGACACCUGGAGCACAUCGCGAGGAGACACAGCUCAGAUCCUGGGCUGUGGGGCUGGAGUAGCCUGUGGCUCUCACGUUAACCACAUAAUGGGUCUAAAGCUAGAUCCUCCUCCUAAUGUGUUACCUUUAUCUCUUUCCUCUCUGACUGUGACUGUGUUUGGAAAAGCCAUAUUGCGGUUGUUGAUUGGAGUAAUAGUUCUGUUGUUAACAAAAGUAGCAAUGAAAAAAGCCACUAUUCCACUGGCAUGUAAAAUAUUUCGCAUACCACAUGAUGAUGUACGGAAAGCAAGACAACGCAUGGAAGUUGAGCUUCCUUACCGCUAUAUUACGUAUGGAACGGUUGGGUUCUCCCUCAUGUUUAUUGUUCCUUGCCUUUUCCAUUUUAUUGGUCUUUCUUGAUGCGGUUUUGUCACUUUAAAUAAGGAGAACAGAGCUAGUUGCUUUUUGAAGAGGUGCACUAGUUUGCUAAGGGAAGGCCAGUGAGCUUGGCUUUAGCAGGGUCUUCACUUUAACAGCAAUACAUAGCAGGCAAAGCAUUUAAAGAACUGCACAUCUUUGUGUAUGGUAUGGGGCCAGAAGUCAAAUAUCAGUCCACGAGAAGUGCUGAACUCUCUAAAUGCUAUGUCUAGACAUUGCUGUAACAGAGUCUGUGUGUGUGUGGGUGCGAUGCCGUGAAUGUAUCUGGAAUGUCUGUCGUACUGUACCUGUCACUGACGCUUUACCUACAUUGACAUUUUAACAGGUAUGUCUGACAACUAAUCAGAAAGCUCCAUUCAUGAUCUGUUUGCUGUUCCAUAGUAAUUUAUUCAAGCUGUUGGACCAUAGACUGCUAAAUUUGCUUUCCUCUUUUCUUUCCUGGAGUCCUGCUUCAAGAUGUUCCAGCUAAUAGGCGUUUCUAAGGGACCAAACUUGUAAUGAGGUUGAAUUUUUAAAAAAAAAACCAAACAGAAGCCUUUUUCUUUAGCCCCCUCUGCAAGAGUAAAAUGUCUGGAUUGGCAUUGGUAGAUAUCAUUAGAGUAGAUAGGAUUCAGGUACUGUAUUUUAUGGUUUAAUAACUGUGCCUUUCUGUUGCUAAAUCAAGAAAUGCCAUAUAUACUGUGAUGUAAAAAAUGCCUAAUUUUAUUUAAAAUCCUACAGAAUUAGGCAGAUAUUUUUAAAUGUUAGAUUGUUCACAUUGCUGGCAUGGUUCAAGUUAACCGGAAUAUUCAGUUUAGCCUGAUCAAAAUUGCAUAAAUGAAAUGACCCAAAAAUUGUGUCCUUAAGCUCCAGAUGUUAUAAAUGGACAAUAAUCCCUUUUGUAAGUAUUUUUAAUGUAUAUUGUAAGUUACUGGAAGAGGAUAUAUUUUUCUGGAGAUUGUUUAUACAAGGGACAGGUAUUCAAAAUUAAUUAUCUAAACAUAGAAACAAUAAAAACACAUCAUUCUACAAAGAAAUGGAUCUCACUAUUCCAAACUAAUUUAGAAGGACCAUUGUUUUUAGAUACUUGCUAAGAAAAUAUAAUCCUUAUUCUAGAAAAAAAAUAUGUAUUUUUAUGCAUUAACGUACUAUAUUUAAAGGUGAUAAUCACUUUUACCCAAUUUAGAUAGCUAUAAGACAAUAUAAUGUUCAAAUUAAAUUUUUAAUCUUUCUGAUAGGCAGACUGUGAGCAGUCAGGACAGUAUGGUCAAUGCAUAAAUGGUUUGUGCGUAUCCAGAUUUUACUGAAUUAUUAUGUGCUUUUCAGCUUUUCACGAUCCUUUUUCCAGUGAUGAGUAGAAUGUGACCCUUCAGCUGUAAUUUCACGUGCCUCUCUUGUAUUUAAUUUUGUCUGUGUUAAUGUGUUGCCUAAUCUGUUCUUCCCGUGUCAGGAACUGCCAUAUUGCAGCAAGAGCUGUCUUACUGUCUGGCCAGACAUGAAUUACUUAGUUUUAUAUUGUACAUCUUUUUUCAGGAAAAACAUAAUUUGGUUGGGAAGUAUAGUCAUUAGGUAGAAUACAAAGCUUACAUUUUUUGUAAACAAUAUUUGGAAUGGGAAGUUUUUUUGUACUGGAGCUCAUAUCUCCAAACUGUUAAUAUGUAAGUUAACAAACUUAACUUCAUAUCUCUUUCCUCAAAGCAGUCAAAGUUACGGUACGCUGGCAUUAGGUGAUGUGAAAAGCUAACUUGUCUGAUGUUUCUUCGGUGCAUUCAGAAUGCAUGGCUAUGAAUGUAUUCAAAAUGAUGUAUACAGAACUGAUAGUGUUAAACAACUUCUAUCAUUGAAAAGACCUUACCUAGUAGAACAUGGUUAGCUUGUUUCAAUGCAUAUUUCUGGAUUGCAUUUUUCUAUCUGUUCCUCCUUUGCAGUUUCAUGCUGAAUGUGCAGUAAAAGGUAAAUGGGUGUCCAAGGUUUUGAGGGAGGGAUUUCCACUGGUUUGGCUUUGCACAAUAAAAUAGUCAUUAAAUAAAUAGCUGGGGGGAAUGUACACAAAAUGCCUUACGCUUAAAGCCCUGAGCAAGCGGUGUAGUUACAAUUAUAUUCAAUUAAUCUGAGGACUUGUGAAAAUAAUAGGAUAACUUUCUCUGAAAUUUAAGGCAUAUUCUCCUUAAACAUUCUAGUUAUAUACAGUUUAUAGCAAAAAAAAUGCUUAAAUUUAGCACAGAAUAGACAAGUGGGCAAAACUAUUUUUUAAGGUACGUGUUUGUCUUCUAUGAACUUCCAAGUUUACAGCCUAAGAGUGUUCUUAAAGCUGUCUUUUCUAGCUGCGCUUGCUCUGUUGCACUCUUAAUGGAAAAUACAGACUACCGUGGAAGAUCUAGAAUGGGUGAAAAAAAACAUAUGCAGGUAGGGCUUUCAACAGGCUAAGGAAAAGUACACUGUAGCUUAUUCUAAUGUUACUCAUAAAUAUAUAUUUUAUAUUUUUAUACAUUACAUUGGGUAACUUGUUCCAUGUACCACGUAGUCUAGAACACAGGAAAUAUGUAUCAGAAUGUUUAUACAGCACCUUUACAACCCCAUCUCUGACUGCAACUAAUUUACUGAAGUUUACAAGAAAAAAGUUUUACUGUUCUAUUUUCAUGUUUUAUAAGGAGCUAGGCUCAAGAGGCCGGUUUAGCACAAAAUGUCAUGCAAUAUGAAUACUGUUAUAGAAUAAAGAAUCACAGAAAUGCAAAAAUUUAAAAACCCAACUUAAAUAUUUGUAUUUUAGUAUAUUUUUGUUUAAUAAUACGUUAAGAUUCCUUCAAAUCAGGCAUAAGAAAACAGCAGGUAAAACUGGAGCACUUUCUUUGCCCUAAGCUAUUCCUAGAGCUGAACAUGAGAAAUGUUUCUAGUAUGAGCAUCAGCUGGUACCAAAUUAUUUAUAAAUAAACGUAGCAUAGCUUUAAAAGGUAGUUAAAUGUCUUUUCAGAAGGACAAUACAAAACCUUCAUGAAGUGGUGCAAAAACAUACUCAUAUGUCACUGCUAGUGAAUUUCCUCAGUUCCAGGUUGUAUUGUCCUGAAGAGAUAAAUACUACUACUUUACAGAAGCAGACACAAAUACGCAUUAACUACAAAAAGCCAUGAGUUAAAUUUGUCUUGUUUGAUUACUGUAUGAAGUAAAUCCUGAAACUAACAGUCACGCAGAGUGUAAUUUGGCACAAAUUUUUUUUCCACAAGGCUGAAAAAACUUGAAUUCGACUUAGAUUUCCUUAAACAUAGGUGCAGGAUUUUUUUCUGACCUGGCCCUCAAUCAGAACGAACGUAUGCGUUGCAUCUUGGCUAAGGGUUAGAAUCUAUUAUUUUGAAAAAAAUUUCAUGUUUAUAAAAAAGCUAUUACUUUGGUUUCCCAUACCAUGAACUGGGGUUGAAGCGUCUUUCUCCUGUGUGAUCACCUGUGACCCUCUUCAGACCCUGAUCACAUUUGCCUUACCAUUUACCUUGCAAAUUGGGGGGGGGGGAAGGCGAGGUGGAGAAGCUAUUUUAAGGUAAAUUGGAAAACCAGAGGGAGUUGUGUUUUGCUUAUUUACUUGGAAUUUUUUUUAAGCUUAUGUACAGCUUUUCUCCUGAAAAAAACAGAAAGAUGCAUUUCUUUUAAAAUGGCAUCUCUAAAUGUGGUAUGUGGCUUUUUUUUUUUUUUUACCAGAACAGUGUUGAAUUGUCUGGAUUUAAAAAGCUAUUAUGUUUUCCUUUCCUUUGCCACUGUUUUUUAUUACUGCUUUCAGUAUUUUUUACUCCAUUUCUUGCUUAUUUCCCAGGGAGUGUCCUGAACUUUUUGUAAGCAAUUGCUACUUAUGUGAAGAUUGUAAU